AUGUAUAACAGUGGAGCUAGUCUGUUUGGUCUCCUGGAAACAAAGAUUAAGAGAUCAAAAGCUCACAGACCUUCUCUUAAUCUUUGUGAGGGGUGGUCCUUUACAACAAAUUUGGCUCAGCAUCCUAAGGGAAAGAUUUGGUUACUGUGGAAACCAUUAAUUUUUGAGGUGGAUAUUCUAAAAACUACUGAUCAGUUGAUUCAUAGUACAAUCAAACAUAGAGGAACAAGGGAGAAGAUUAAUGUAACCAUGAUAUAUGCAUACAAUGAUAUAGCUCUAAGGAGAAAUCUGUGGAAGGAUAUAGAAGAAAUAUACAAGUACAAUAAGGGCCCAUGGGCAGUGAUGGGGGACUUCAAUAAUGUGUUGAAUACUGAUGAAAGAAUAGGCAGUAAAGUAAUAAUGGCCGAAACAAAGGAGUUCAGGCAAUAUGUAGAUACAUGUUGCCUUCAAGAACUUAAAUCUACUGGUGCAUUCUACACUUGGAACAACAAACAGAGUGGAAAAGAUAGAGUAAUGAGUAGAAUUGAUAGAGUAUUGGUAAAUUUUGAUUGGAUGACAAUGUUACCUGCCUCAACUGUGCACUACAUGACUGAGGGGUUGUAUGAUCAUAGCCCAGCUAUCAUUAGUUGGGAUAACAGGAAGCAGAUGGGGAAUAAGCAUUUCAAAUACUUCAACAUGUGGAGCAUGGAUCCAGAUUUCAAAGAUAAAGUGGCUGAAAGCUGGAGCAUUGGAAUUAAUGGAACAAAAAUGUAUCAAAUUGUAGGGAAGCUGAACAGAUUGGAGGGGGUACUAAAGCAACUAAACAGAACAAAAUUCAGCAAUAUAGAAGGAAAAACGGAACAAGCCAAGAAGGAUCUUAAGGAAUGUCAGCAGCACAUGCAACCAAAUCCCCUAAACCAAGGUCUUAUUGAAAGAGAGCAGAAACUGGCAAGCAACUACAGGAGAUACAAGGAAGCAAGUGACCAGUUCCUGUGGCAGAAAAGUAAAGUACAAUGGCUGAAACAAGGCAACAAAAAUAACAAGUACUUCCACAGCUACAUGAAGGCAAGAAGAGAUAGCAGGGGCUUUUGUGGAAUUCUAUUCAAACUUGCUAGGAUCUACUACAGACAAAAGAGAUCAUGUUUGCAGUACACUAGUAAGGGAAGACAGCUGGGAAAUAACUGGAAAGACCUAAAGGAGGCAGCACUGGAAUUUUUUGAAUCAGGGAAAUUGCUGAAAACAAUUAACAGAACAGUCAUAACAAUAAUCCCUAAAAGUAAUCAUGCAGAGACAGCUGUAGAUUUUAGGCCUAUUGCUUGCUGUAAUACAGUUUAUAAGGUCAUGUCCAAAAUGCUAUGCAACAGACUGCAGACUAUCCUACCAGAUAUAAUUUCAGAAAACCAGAGUGCUUUUGUAGCAGGAAGAACAAUCAUGCAAAAUAUCCUAAUAUGUCAAGACUUGGUUAGACUGUACAAGAGGAAGGCAACAACAAAAAGCUGUCUGAUUAAAAUAGAUCUCAAGAAAGCUUAUGAUUCAAUAGAAUGGGAGUUUGUGGAAGAAAUGUUACAUGCACUUAACUUCCCUAUGAAAUUCAUUAGAUGGAUCAUGGAUUGCAUCUCAACACCUCAAUAUACAGUGGCAAUCAAUGGAGGACUAUAUAGGAAUAUAAAAGGGAAGAGGGGUUUGAGACACGGAGAUCCAAUAUCUCCUCUGCUCUUUGUAAUAUGUAUAGAGUAUUUCUCAAGGAUUAUGAAGCACGUGACACAGAUGGAGGGAUUUAGAUUUCACACCAAAUGUAGGAGCUUGCAACUGAAUCAUUUAUGCUUUGCGGAUGGUGUACUUCUCUUCUGCAAAGGGGAAAUUCAAUCAGUGAUGCUAUUACUGAGAGGAUUACAAACAUUCACUAUUGCUUUUGGUCUAACAACAAAUGCGGGGAAGUCAAAUAUAUUUGCGGUGAACAUGGAAGCAAAAGAAAUGGAAGACUUAUGUGAAAUAACAGGAUAUAGCAAGGCAGACUCCCAUUCAAAUAUUUAG